ACCAUCCUCCACCACCACCCCUUCCUCUAUCCCUCUGGAGGCUGGGACAGAGAGGGAGCACCACGGAGAGGUUCAGAGCUCACCUACCCAGAGAGAGAAGGGGGCUGAAGAUGGGGCAGGGGCUGGGACUGUGGCCAACCCCCGGGCACUCAGUCUGGCCCCGGUUGACAGAGUAGAGUCCACCAUGCCUCCCCCCACAAAGCCAAGUCCUGGAAGGGUGGGGAACAACCAUGCUGCAGUGACACCUGGUGGCUCGGAGGAGAACAACCAGGCUGCAGUGACACCUGGUGGCUCGGAGGAGAACAACCAGGCUGCAGUGACACCUGGUGGCUCGGAGGAGAACAACCAGGCUGCAGUGACACCUGGUGGCUCGGAGGAGAACAACCAGGCUGCAGUGACACCUGGUGGCUCGGAGGAGAACAACCAGGCUGCAGUGACACCUGGUGGCUCGGAGGAGAACAACCAGGCUGCAAUGACACCUGGUGGCUCGGAGGAGAACAACCAGGCUGCAGUGACACCUGGUGGCUCGGAGGAGAACAACCAGGCUGCAGUGACACCUGGUGGCUCGGAGGAGAACAACCAGGCUGCAAUGACACCUGGUGGCUCGGAGGAGAACAACCAGGCUGCAUUGACACCUGGUGGCUCGGAGGAGAACAACCAUUCCACCACCCCAGACCUGACCAGAGCCGAUGAUGAUGCUACUGUCAUUGACCCGUUUGGAGCGCUGGCUCUGAACUAUGUGUCUGACUCUCAACUCAACACCAUCACUCUGACUGAGAAAGACGAAGAGGAGAAAGAGGAAGGGCAUGAAGACGCUACAGAACUGGUCUGUGGCCUAAUCAGAGAACUCUCCUACCUAAAUCGGGUAGUGAUGGCUACCCAUCGGGAGCUAGAGUCUCUUCGCCGUGGCAACAAGACAGCGAGGCCUCCCCCACGCCGCGUCUUCCCCCCACGACGCUCUGAGAUCUAGAGUGCCUUCCAAAUAGCACCCUAUUCCCUAUAUAGUGCCCUACUUUUGACCUGGGCCCAUAGAUACUAUAGGGAAUAAGCCUCUGGUCAACAGUAGUACACUAUAUAGGGAACAAGGUGCCAAUUGGGACCUACAGCGAACCAUCAUCCCAACGCCCCCAAAGGCUCAUGGGUAACAGUCUUCACAUAGCGGAGGCUCACUUGAAAGUUGAUUUGUAUUUAUGUUUUGACUUGAAAACUCAAGAUCAGUUUGAGAACAAUGAUCCAAAGUAUCAACCCAGAUUAGAACUGAAUGUUUGUCAAGUUAUAUGGACACAACAUUAUAAUCAUAAUGCUGGUCUAUAAUACCAUUUAAGGGUUCUUUUCUUCUCCUCUGUCUUUCCUAAUGCUGAGGACAUCAGUUAGGAACAGUAUGUAGUUACUGUGUUUUGUAGAAUGUGUUAUUGAAUAAAUCAUUACUAAGGUGAA